AUCCAAAGCUGUGUGCCGGGUAGGACUCUGUUCUUUCUGAAAAAAUUAGCUGAAAGGAAUACACCUCUGGCGGUCAGGUACCGGAAGGAAAGACACCAAAUAAAGAAAAUAUAAAAACAAAAACAAAUAAAACCACAAAAGGGAACUAAAAAGGAAAAGAAAAUGCCCGCGAAUACGGACGGUGAUGGCGGAUGGAAGACGUUUCUGUGGAAUUCUGAAAAGAAGGAGUUUUUAGGACGGACCGGCGGCAGUUGGUUUAAAAUCUUCAUCUUUUAUGUAAUCUUCUAUGGCUGCUUGGCUGGAAUUUUCAUUGGCACCAUCCAGGCGAUGCUCUUGACCCUUAACAACUACAAGCCCACAUACCAGGACAGAGUUGCACCCCCAGGCUUAUCACACACCCCACGCUCUGAAAAGUCUGAGAUCUCCUUUACUGUGGGCAGCGUCGAGACUUAUAUUAAAUACACAACAGACAUGAAAAAACUGCUGGAGCCAUAUGCAGAAAUGCAACAGACGGAUGAAAAUAACUAUGAAGACUGUGGUGAUGUUCCUGCCGCAUACAAGAACCGUGGGGACUUGGAGAGUGAGGAGAGCGUAAGAAAGGCCUGCCGCUUCAAGCUGGACUGGCUGGGAGAUUGCUCAGGCCAGGCGGACAGUAGCUUUGGUUUUAAGGAGGGCAGGCCCUGCCUUCUUGUCAAACUCAACAGGAUUGUCAAUUUCAGACCCAGGGUUUGCAAAGACAAUACAUCGCUCCCUGCGGCUGCUGGUGGUGUGGUUCCAGUAAAUUUUAUUCCUAUCUACUGCAGCACCAAGAAACCAGAAGAUGCUAACAAAAUCGGAGAGAUAAAGUACUUUGGCUUGGCCCAAGGAUUCCCACUGCAGUACUAUCCUUACUAUGGCAAGCUGCUACACCCUAAUUACCUCCAGCCUCUUGUGGGCAUCCAGUUCACCAACGUUACCCGUGAUGAGGAGCUGCGUGUUGAGUGCAAAGUAUACGGAGCUAAUAUUGAUUACAACGAAAAAGACCGUUAUCAGGGACGUUUUGACCUCAAAUUCAUGAUCAAAUCAUGACCACAGCUAUGAAAAUAGUGCUAAUAUACUCUGCCCAUUUCAAAACAUAAUAAUUUAGACAGAUGAAGUAAGAGUUCAAUUUAAAAAAAAACAAACAAAAAAACAAAAAAAAAACAAACCAACCAACCACGACUAGUCUUGAACAAACUUUCAUAACAUACGGGACCUACACUUAAUCUGUAUGCUUUACACUAGCUUUCUCUGCAUAUGUCUAGGGUUAGACUGUAAAAAUUACAGGAAGAGUAGCAAUAGCAAAAUAUUUAUUCUACUGUAAAUGAGAAUAUUCCUUGAGCCAUGGGACAUGUUCAUUCAUUACUGUAAAUUAUGAUUCCACUACUGAUGUAGCGAGCAGUGUUUCUGUCCCCGAGUAUUUCUGCCUAGUGUGGUCUCGCUCUAUAUUUUUGGAGUGUGCAGUGCAGUAGUCGCAUACAGUGGUCCUUUCCAAGCCAUGUUUCUGUUGUCUUAUGUGGGUCAGUUUAGUGGUCCAAGGUGUGUGUGUGUGCGUGCGUGUGUGCUUGUACAUGGCUGCGUGUGUUUGUAUUUGUACAAUAAAAAAAUGAAAAUAGUGGCAUGGUACGCGCUGAUAUCCCCAGGUCCGUAUGUGAGUAAAUGACUGCACUCCAUGGAAUCUUUCUUUCCUUCUCGUUUUGACUUAUUUUGUUGAUUGUGGGUAAAGUACUUUUACAUCAUUUCUCUUAUUUGAUCAUCUUGCAGUGUGGGAGUUUGGGGUUAAUGACAUUUCUGUAUAAGCCUUUUACUUUCUUUUUCUUUAAGUGUAGAACUGUAUGUGUGUAUCUAGUUUGGAGGAUCAACUCCAUUCUAGAAUGGAGGACUCUUACUCCCUAUGGUCACCGUGGCAACUCAGUGCUUUAAUUUAAAUUUUUUUUGUUUGUUUUUUUUUCCUUUUCUUUUUUUUUUUGCUGGAGACAUCACAGUGUGGUGUAACUUUCUAAUGAAUGUUUUAGCCAUUUACAUGGUGGAAGAAUUUUAUAUUUAUGCAGUUGUACAAUUUUUUUUUUUUCUGCAGGAAAAAGUGUAUUGUAUGAAUCCAGAUACCAAAGUCACUGGUCGGAGUUAGAAACUAAUCAGAUACAAUGCAGUACCCCAUGUAAUAUGAUGUUUCGUCAAAUGUUUAAAGUGCUUAAAAGUCAAUGUUGAACAUAAGAACAUCUGUCAGGAGUUGCAUCUGCUCUUGUCAUUUUAUUUAAUACAGGUAAGGCCUAAACAAAUAAAUGUACAACCAACCAGA